AUGGAACCAGAAAACCAAACAGCAGUCUCAGAAUUUACCCUCCUAGGACUCUCAGAAAGGCCAGAGCAUCAGGGCCUCCUCUUUGGGAUGUUCCUGUCCAUGUACCUGGUCACUAUCUUUGGGAACCUCCUCAUCAUCCUGGCCAUCAUCACGGACUCUCGCCUCCACACGCCCAUGUACUUCUUCCUCUUCAACCUCUCACUCGCCGAUGUCUUUUUAUCCUCCACCACCAUCCCCAAGAUGCUAGUGAACAUCCACAGCCAGAGCAGAGCCAUCCCAUUUGCAGGCUGCCUUACCCAGAUGUACGCCUUCCACCUGUUCGGGACCAUGGACAGCUUCCUCUUGGCUGUGAUGGCCAUUGACCGGUAUGUAGCCAUUGUCCACCCACUGCAAUACUUGGUCCUCAUGAGCCCCCGUGUCUGUGGGCUGCUGGUGGGGGUGCCAUGGGUGAUCACCAACCUCCAGUCUCUUGUCCACACCUGCCUCAUGGCUCAGCUGACUUUCUGUGCUGAAACUGAAAUCUCCCACUUCUUCUGUGACCUCAUGCCCUUGCUGAAGCUCUCCUGCUCGGAAACGCACACCAAUGAGCUGGCGAUCUUUGUGUUUGGCAUCAUCAUGGGCAUAAGCCCACUCUCUUGCAUCCUCCUCUCUUACAUCUGCAUUUUCCGGGUGGUCCUUAAGAUUCCUUCUGCUCAGGGCAAGUGGAAAGCCUUCUCCACGUGUGGUUCACACCUCACUGUGGUGUCAUUGUUCUACGGGACCAUCUUCACUGUGUACUUACAGCCUGCAUCCCCCACCUCCUCCCAGAAAGACAAGGCAGCUGCCCUGAUGUGUGGAGUGGUCAUUCCCAUGUUGAACCCCUUUAUCUACAGCCUAAGGAACAAGGAAAUGAAGGCAGCCCUGAGGAAGUUCUCCAACAAAGCCACCUUCUCUCGGUCCUAA